UGGGUAGGUCCUGGGGAUUCACAUGGGGAGCCGGGAUAGAGAGGGGGGUGAGAAUAACAGCAGACAACUACCACCACACCAAACCAUUACCACACCAGCAGCAGCUGAGAACGAGACGAGCCAGUAUUUGUGAAAGCUAGUUUGUUGUGGAGGAGUGGAGACCAGUUCAGAAAAAUGUUGAAUACAUCAAGGUCCUCGUUGAUCUCCACUUUGCAAAGGCUGAACGCAAGAGCUGUUUCCACGAUCGUUAGCGACACCCAUGUGACUGAUUUCUCCGUCGAAAAUGAACCAAUUCUUGGGUACAUGCCUGGAAGCCCGGAAAGAGCAGAAUUGGAAGCUGCCUUGAGAAAACAUGAAUCACAAAUGGCAGAUGUCCCCAUCAUGAUCGGCGACAAGGAAUAUCGUACAGACGAAGUGAGGCAUCAAGUGAUGCCUCACAAGCACUCCCACAAGCUUGCUCAGUUUUACUAUGCUACAUCAGAGCUAGUCCAAAAAGCCAUCAACACAGCUAUGGCAGAACGAGAGAAGUGGGAGCGAGUUCCCCUGAAUGACAAGUUUGAAAUGUGGUUAAAGGCUGCAGACCUGAUGGCUGGAAAAUAUCGACAAGAUUUAAAUGCUACUACAAUGCUCGGACAGAGUAAAACUGUUAUACAAGCUGAAAUUGAUUCUGCUGCCGAGCUUAUAGAUUUCCUUAGGUUUAAUGCACUGUAUGCUAAAGAAGGAGUAAAAUGGCAGCCAAGAAGUCCAACACCAGAUGUUACAAUCAAUAAACUGCGUCUUCGUGGAUUGGAGGGCUUCAUUGCUGCUGUAUCACCAUUUAAUUUUACAGCAAUAGGAGGAAAUUUGGCUUAUACCCCAGCAAUGAUGGGUAAUGUUGUUCUAUGGAAACCAUCUGAUACAGCUAUUAUAAGUAAUUAUAUGGUAUACAAGAUCAUGCGAGAAGUUGGUGUUCCUGGUGGAGUUGUUAGUUUCAUUCCUGCUGACGGUCCAGUUUUUGGUGACACUAUCACAAAGGCUCCACAACUUGCAGCAAUAAAUUUCACCGGCUCAGUACCGUAUGUUCAAGUUCUCUUUCAUAUGCUAUCAAUAUUAUUAUUGCCAAAUGAGCAAACCAGACUAUUGAACUGAAACCCUUUAACUCUUUUGGGGCUGGGCCUAAGGAUUAUAAUUAUACAUACUACCUUUUACAGUUGGUUACAACUUUAUUGCAGGAUAGAUUGAAAAUAUUAAAGAUUCUGACAACUUC